CAUCAUGCACCUCCCAACCUUGUGCAUGGACCAGGAGUGCGACAAAGAAAGAAGACAUGGUCCCCGUGCACAAGCUGGACUUAAGUAAGCCCGGGAUGCCAAGCAGGCGUCUUCCUGAUGAGCCCAACCAUGUAACCCAUGACUACAACCCCGACGACAGGGCUCUCUUCCAGGAGAUCCUGAGACUGAACCCAAAAGCGGUCGUCCUCAGGUCUAUACCUAAGAUGAACGACGAGGACACAGAUUCGGCAUCUGAAGACGAGCAGUCUUACACAUUCUUAAGGAAAGUGAGACGGACGGGGGCAACGAGAGCUUCACUGCCAUUCGACAUGUUUGUGCCCAUCAACGAAAUCGAGCGGAUCGAGAAGAGCACGCGACGCCAGGCAGUAACCAUAUUCUGGCGGCAAGUUCGGUAUGGAAGAAUAACUGCCUCGGUACUGAACAAGGUGCAGACGAUGAGGGAUAGUACGUCGCCGAAGGCCACCCUGGACCUGAUUUUGCAGAGGAGCCCUCCCGUCGACACUGAGGCCACCCGCUGGGGGAUCGAGAAAGAGCCAGUGGCGAAGAAAGCAUACCAGGAGUACAUGUGCACAAAGCACAACGACUUUCGGCUCUGCGACGUUGGAUUUGUGGUCAAUGUCAAGGUUGUACCUACAACAUUUAUCGCAAUUUUGAAUAUGCAAAAGCAGAUAUUUUUGACGCAAAUCUUUUGA